CAAAUGCGGGUAGCGUACGGCUCACCCGGUACCGAAUCUCUGAGGCCGCGUUCGUGAUCGAGGUGUACAAAACCCUCCGAGACCGAGCUCCGUGCACCGUUGAACACGCCCUCUCGGAGUUCCGGGGUCCGUUUUCGUUUGUCCUGUACGACCAGAAGCAGAAGAAGGUGUUUGUCGCUCAGGACGCGUAUGGGAAGCGGCCGUUGUACUGGGGACUCUGCAAAGACUCGGUUCUGGCGAUUGCUGAUAAGGUGACGCGCUGAGGAAGCACUGUGGACGCUCCUUCGCUCCCUUUCCCAAGGGUUGCUAUUUCUCCACGGCUGCCGGGUUGAACAGUUACGAGCACCCCGGACCGCAUGCUGAAGGCGGUGCCGGCACAUCGACAGCCAAGGCCAGCUGUGCGGCUCCAACUUCGUGGUAGACCAGAAGAUGCGCUACAGACAAAUGUCGCAAGUGGGGCAGCGAGUGCGAUCUGACUGCCAUCUAAUCCGGGCUUUAAUCGGGGCUUUAAUCGGGGAUUUGAUCCAGGCUGGAAUGCUGCUGGUGCUGGAUCUAUAUAUGCUUCGCCAGUGAUUGGUUAAAGGGGCCAUCCCGUAGGUUGAGGGUGCUAUGGCUCAUCUGGUGUGCGAUUUUUAGGGAGCAUUGUCUUCCCCAGCAGCACACCUUGUAAAUCUGGAGUGUGUGUGAUAAGUGUCUUUGCUUAUUCAAGUACUGUACAUGUGUCUUUCAGAAACCAUGGAGGCAUGCAGGUGU